AUGCGGCGCGUCGUCUUCACAGGGAAGGCGCUAUUACCACCGCUCAUCGCGGCGGCGCUUUUAUUGUCGCUGUGUUACGCCGCGGCUCUUGUGGGAGUUUCCGCUGCAGCGGCACAUCCGCCGAUCAUUCCCCGUGAGCUCCGCCGCCUGCCCGACACCGCAGGGAUUUUGCGCGCUAUCUUCCGCGGAUCCACAACUUCCGGAGUCUUUUCAUUGCCCCGACGCACGAACCGCACAGGGACACCGCCAGGUGGUCGGGGGAUACGCGAUGGCCCGAUCUGUGAUAAACGAUCGGCAGAGGGCGGCGCUGUGCGGGGAUAUGCGGCGCUGUGCGGUGACGAGGCCGCGGUAGAGGCAGCGGAGAGGGAUGAGGCGGAAGAGGAGAGGUGGAAGGAACUGGCGGAGGACGUGGGGGCGGGCGAUGGCGAAGGGGAAGGGGAAGGGGAAGGGGAAGGGGAAGGGGAAAAUCCACUUCCCUCUGUGUUUGAAGGGCCGCAAUUGCCGCAUUCGGACGGGCUGAUUACCAAUACAGUAGUACAGGACCGGCGAUACAGACCAGACGAACAACAACAGGAAGAGGAAGUGGGGGACCAGGAUCAAGGGGAGGAGGAGGAGGAAAGCAGGACGAAGCGACAGCUGUGGGAGGAAGCAGGACCUUAUGAUACCGGGAUAUAUGGCCCCAGGUAUUCUCACAGGCCGUCCGGGCACCAGCAGUGGCAGCAGCAGGUGCAGCGGCGCACGCAGAAACACGCACGGACUGCGAGCCUUCAGUUCAAGCAGCAGCAGCAAGGAGUGCAGCAGUGGGGGGCGCAGGGGGGGAAGCAGCAGAAGCAGGUAGAAGCGCCGGAGUGGGCGAAGCGGGAGCAGCAGCGGUGGGAGCGGGACCAACGGCCGCAGACGGCGGAGGAGAUUGCGAUGCAGGAGGAGCACUGGCGGCAGCAGCAAGGGCUAGUUAAGACCAGGCUGCGGCAGUGGCAGCAGCAGGCGAAACGGAUGAAUCAAGUGACUAAAGCCAAGGAGGCGGUGUGGGCGGCAGAGGCGAGGAGCAAAUGGGCGGCAGCAGCGCAGGGGCGGGAGAGGGCGGAAGGGACGCCAGGGACGGCAGGGGCGGCAGGGCGGUUUGCUGUGAUGACAGAAGACGACAUGGAUGACAUGAUGCCGGGCGGCACACUCUCCUGGCAGCGCCUGAAAGCCACCGCCACUGCCGCCCACCCCAACACUCCCAACAAUCUCAAGGCCACCAUCGCCUCCGUCAAUCCCAAGGGAGCCGUCACUCCCAAGGCGGCAGCAAAGCCAUGCUCCCCGCGGCACAGCAGCCCGGUGAUCAAAGUCUACUCAGUGUCCGACAUCGCUAAGCGCACGCGAUACCCUCCCCGGCAGACCGUCACGCUCGUGCUCUACCGCUCGCUCUCCCUCUCCCGCGGGCUCCUCUUCGGGACCAACUUCUCCUGCACCAUCUUCCGGUCCCGCUCGCUGCCCUCGCGCCACUCCAUCUCCCUCUCGCGCUCCGAUGAGCCCGUGCUAAGAGUGCACAACGCCAGCAACGUCCUGUUCAUCGGCAUCGGGCUGCGCAGCGCCGUGCGCAACUCCUCGCCCUUCUGCGAGAUGCUGCCCGAAUACGGCAGCCUGAUGGGGUUUGAAAUCAUCUGCCCGGCGCUCCACAUCUACCGCUCGUUCGGGAUUCAAUUCACCCAGGCUUCCGUGAUCGGCCGAAUCGACGUCUUCCGAUCGGGUUACACCAAGCUGGACUCACUCUUUGUAACCGCCCCUGGGACGUACGAGAGGUCACCGGGAGUGAUCCGCAUGGGCAUGUGCGGGCUCGGCAUGACUCUGGUUUCCUCCAAGAAUGUGAUCACCAAUAAUGAUGUCUUUGGCGCGUGGGAGCUGAUUAACCUCUACCGCGGGUCGAUCGGCGUGAAGGUGCAUAAUAAUUUCCUGCAUGAUUAUUUGUUUGCGGGGUUCCGGUGCGGCGCUGACGUGCACUACUCGUGGGACUGCAUGCUGACGUCAGUGAAGAACAACUUUGUCUUCACGCCUCAGUCCAAGGGCCGCCUGACGUUUGACUCGGCCGGGAUUUAUUUCUGCACUCACUGGUUCAACCCUGGCAGCACAGUGGCCUGCAAUUAUGUGAUAGGCGGGGACCACUGCUAUUACCUGGACUACUGCACAUCAGGAGUGGACAUCACAGGGGGCGUGUGUGCGCAGCUGUGGGACGGAGUGAAGCUGAACAACGGCAAGCGCAACAAGAUCCGCAGCCUGCUCAUGGUCAGCCUGGGGCAGAGCCCGGGCUAUAUUACCUGCCUGACAGUCACCAUCAACCACUGUGGGAAGGACCCUGGGACCUAUUGGGAGAGGAUGCGCAAGCGCUACUACAACUCCCCGGAGAUCAAUAAGCUAUGGCCGUGGAUGAAGCAUCUGUGCAGGCAGACACGCAUCGGCACGCAGUCCUGCAACCCCGCAGGCCACAAAGCUCUCACCUCCAAGCAGACCGGCGCAUGCAGCGGCCUGCCCACCGAAAACGACGUCGAGCUCAUCGCAGUAGAUGCCGACACAAGCCGCCCGGACGAGUACCGGUACUGCGGGCGGGUGCCUGCCGCCCGGAAGGUGAACCGGCAGGUGCUCUACAGCUCCUACAUUCUACAGGAAGAUGGUAGCAUUGUCAUAUAA